AAUCUGGACAAAGUAGAAACCAGCUGUCCGAGGACUCCGAGAAGUAGGCAGAAGCAGGCGAGUGGUGGGGGCACCCGCGCUUGGAGCUGCGUCCCGCGUGAGGGUGAACAAAGGAGAAGUCCGUCUACUUACCACACGGACGACAGGCGUUUUCCAAAGCACACUCCGGGCCCCCAGGGGAUCCUGAACGUUACCUGUGAAACUGUCCAGACACGCAUGACUUCUCUUUGUUUCUUCCAGUAUUCUGGUCUGAGUACCAGGAAAGAACAUGUCAGAGUAACAACCAAGCCCCAGCCAGGCUUCCUGGAGCGGCUGAGCGAGACCUGGGGUGGGAUGUCCGUGGGGCUCGUGACCUUCCUGCUCUCCUUCUACUUAAUUUUCACCAAUGAGGGCCGAGCAUUGAAGACGGCAACCUCGCUGGCCGAGGGGCUCUCCCUGGUGGUGACCCCAGACAGCAUCCACAGCGUGGCCCCGGAGAACGAGGGCAGGCUGGUGCACAUCAUCGGGGCCCUGCGGACGUCCAAGCUCUUGUCUGAUCCAAACUACGGGGUCCACCUUCCGGCUGUGAAGCUGCGGCGGCAGGUGGAGAUGUACCAGUGGGUGGAAACCGAGGAGUCCGGGGAGUACACCGAGGACGGGCAGGUGAAGACAGAGAGGAGGUACUCCUACAACACUGAAUGGAGAUCGGAAAUUAUCAACAGCAGAAACUUUGACCGAGAGAUUGGCCACAAAAACCCCAGUGCAAUGGCUGUGGAGUCAUUCACCGCAACAGCCCCCUUUGUCCAAAUCGGCAGGUUUUUCCUCUCGGCAGGCCUCAUCGACAAGGUGGACAACUUCAAGCCACUGAGCCUGUCCAAGCUGGAGGACCCGCACGUGGACAUCAUCCGCCGGGGGGACUACUUCUACCACAGUGAAAACCCCAAGUAUCCGGAGGUCGGAGACCUGCGCGUCUCGUUUUCCUACGCGGGGCUGAGUGGCGAUGACCCCGACCUGGGCCCAGCUCAUGUGGUCACUGUGAUUGCCCGGCAGCGGGGUGACCAGCUGGUCCCCUACUCCACCAGGUCGGGGGACACCUUGCUUCUCCUGCACCACGGGGACUUCUCGGCAGAGGAGGUGUUCCGUCGAGAACAGAAGAGCAACUCCCUGAAGACGUGGGGCCUGCGGGCAGCAGGCUGGGUGGCUAUGUUCGUGGGCCUCAACCUCAUGACGCGGAUCGUCUACACCCUGGUGGACUGGCUCCCUGUCCUCCGGGACCUGGUCAACAUUGGCCUGAAGGCCUUUGCCUUCUGCGUGGCCACCUCGCUGACCCUGCUGACGGUGGCGGCCGGCUGGCUCUUCUACCGGCCCCUGUGGGCGCUUGGCCUCGGCUGCCUGGCCCUGCUGCCCAUCGCCAUCGCGCGGACGCGGGUGCUGGCCAAGAAGCUGGAGUGAGGCGCCCGGCCCCAACGCCGCCUGAGCUCG